CAUCGAAAAUGAAACUACUUCUAGGAUUGCUGAUCAUUAGUAUUCCCGCCCUGGCUCUGGCCGAUGUGGUCGAGGUGCAAAAGUGCUCGGUUGGUCCUCUGCCAUCCUCGGUGAAUGUAGCUGGAUGCAAGGCAACCCCUUGCGACCUCCCGAAGGGUCAGGAUGCCAGCGUGCUGGUGGAUUUUACUGCAACCCAGCAGCUAACCGCCCUUAAGCCUCAGGUGCGUGCCAGCUUGCCGGGAGGAGUGACCGUCCCGUUCGUGCUGCCAGUGGAUCGGCAGAACGCGUGUGAAUGGCUGGUCGGUGGCCAGUGUCCGGUGUCGCGCGACGAAGAUGUCACCUACGAGCUGCGUCUACCCGUGUUGGCCAGCUACCCGUCGCUGAGCCUUACAGUUGAGCUGCAGCUACUCGACCAAAACGGAGCGCCCGUAGUGUGUUUCCAAGUACCGGCGAAUGUGGUCUAGCUUGGGGGAUGUGUGAAGGAAUAAAGUCUUAGACGGAGGCAA